UUCAUUCUCCGCUCUUUCCCUGCAGCUCUGCUUGUAGUCAAAACCUUUCUUCACAUUUUUCUGCAUCUCUCUGAGCAAAGCCAUCAUGAGUCGUAUAUCCUAUCGAGCAUCCACUGGAGGAGCGAACAGAGGCUUCACCUCUGGCUCUGCAAUUGUUGGUGGUGGGAGAUCAGGUUUCAGCUCCUACUCUGUGUCUCGGGUUGGAGGAGCAAGAGCUGGAGGAGGUGGUGGUGGUUAUGGGCUCGGCGGUGGAUUUGGUAGCCGAAGUCUCCACAACCUUGGUGGAAGCAAGCGGAUCUCCUACAGCACCAUUGGUGGAGGCUACCGAUCUGGCUUUGGUGGUGGAGGAGGAGGGUUUGGUGCUGGUGGAGGAGCAGCAGGCUUUGGGUUUGGUGUUGGCCUUGGUGGUGGUGGUGGUGGUGGCGGCGGGUUUGGUUUUGGUGGACCUGGGUUUGGAGGACCUGGUGCUGGCUUUGUGGUAGGUGGUCCAGGUUUUGGUGGAAGAGGUGGCCCUGGAUUUCCAGUUUGCCCACCUGGUGGCAUCCAUGAGGUGACCAUCAACCAGCACCUCCUGCAACCCCUCAAGCUUGAAAUUGACCCAGACAUUCAAAGAGUGCGCACACAUGAAAGGGAACAGAUCAAGUCUCUCAACAACAAAUUUGCCUCCUUUAUUGACAAGGUCCGGUUCUUGGAACAGCAAAACAAAGUCCUUGAAACCAAAUGGGAGCUCUUACAACAGCAGGGGACAACUGUUCGACAAGACAACCUUAACCCCAUUUUUGAAAUGUAUAUCAAUAACCUCAGGAGGCAGUAUGAUAUGAUAAUGAGUGAGCGGGGAAAGCUGGAUUCAGAACUGAGAAACAUGCAAGAUCUCGUUGAAGACUUUAAGAACAAAUAUGAAGAUGAAAUCAACAAACGUACAGGUGCAGAAAACGAAUUUGUGGUGCUUAAGAAGGAUGUUGAUGGUGCCUAUAUGAACAAGAUUGAACUAGCUGGCAAACAAGAUUCUCUGAAUGACGAACUUGAGUUCCUGAAAGCACUUUUUGAGGCGGAACUAUCGCAGAUGCAGCAGCACGUAUCUGACACCUCUGUUGUGUUGUCUAUGGACAACAACAGAAACCUGGACUUGAACAGCAUCAUUUCAGAGGUCAAGGCACAAUAUGAAGACAUUGCCAACAGGAGCCGAGCCGAAGCCGAAUCAUGGUAUCAAAGCAAGUAUGAAGAGCUACAGGUCUCUGCUGGACGGCAUGGGGAUGACCUGCGCAACACGAAGACAGAAAUAGCCGAGCUCACCCGGUUGGUGCACAGGCUGAAAAGUGAAAUAGAUGCCGUGAAGAAACAGUGUGCCAAUCUUCAGGCAGCCAUUGCUGAGGCUGAGGACCGUGGGGAACUUGCCCUCAAGGAUGCCAGGCAUAAACUGAGUGAACUGGAAGAAGCCCUGCAGAGAACAAAGCAGGACCUUGCCCGACAACUCAAGGAAUAUCAGGAACUGAUGAACGUCAAGCUGGCCUUGGAUAUUGAGAUUGCCACCUAUAAGAAGCUUAUAGAAGGAGAGGAGAUCAGGCUGGCAGAAGGUGUUGGAAACGUAGGCUACACUGUGGUCAGCAGCACCACCAGCUCUGGCUAUGGAGGCGGAAGUGGCCUUGCUUUGGGAGGAGGCGGCGGUGGAGGAUACGGCUUAGGAGGAGGAUCAGGAGGAUUUGGACUUGGAGGAGGUGGCAGCAGCUACUCCAUUGGUGGUGGUAGCGGCUUUGGUGGAGGCAGUGGGUUUGGUGGAGGGAGUGGGUUUGGCUCUGGGAUCAGUAUGGGAGGUGGUAGUAGUUACAGCUCUGGAGGUGGCCGCGUCUCCUCAAGUGGAGGAGGGGGAGGAGGAAGCUCCAGUGUGAAAAUUGUAUCCAAAACCACUUCAACCAAGAAAAUGGCCUACUAAAAGCUGUCCCGUCCUGAGUGGCUGUUGGCAUGGCCACUUCCAAGUGGAAGUUCUUCAACCUGUUGUGUAAAUAGCUCAGCAAAGCUCUUCUCCUCUGAUACUUUUCACCUUUUCCAUAUGGUUUUGACUGUAAAAUGGAUCCAGAUGUUUUCACCCUGCUCCAGUACUGUUGACUAUAGCAGGUGGGCCUGGGCUUAAUAUGCAGAGGGAUGAAGCCACUAUGUCAGGUGAACCAUGUGUAAAACCACUUUAAAGAAAAGUCUUAUUGAAGCAAUAGGGUCUCUCUUUACAUCAGUAGGGAUGGAAUGGGCCUAUAUGUAUAUGAAAUAUGGUAUGAUACAUGUUAUCAUAUAAAUUCACAAAAAUGUUGUGUUAGAGUGGGAUGCCAAUGUACCUCGUUCAUAGAUUAGCUCCAGGGUUGUAACAUCAUGGAAUCUACCUAUUUCAACAAACUCAUGUGCCAUACCUAUAGGAUCCUUCCAAGAGAUCCCUAAUGAAGGACAAAUGGUCCACUAGAAAGUUCUUGUAGUUUAUUCUGUUUCUAGUAGCCUAAGACUCAUCAAAUUGGUUAUUGAUCAAGUUGAUUGGUUCAACUUGAUCAAUAACUUGGUUUCACCCCAGAGAGGGUCUAGUUUCCCUAGGUAUGUGCAACAACAAGAAACCCAUAGUCAAUUUAGGAGAUCGUUAACUUUAAAUAUAUCUUUGGUUCCUGUGCAUGCCAAUGGGACUCCAAUAUAUACUUAAAGUUUUCUGCAGAAUUAUUUGCUUUCAAUAGAACAGACAGCUAUAGAAAAUGUGAUGGAGGGUUCCGGUUGGCAAGCAGACUGUUUGGAUUUGGCUCACUCAGAACAUGCUUUCUGAAUAUCCUUUCUCCUGUUUGAACAUGUUCUUUGUAAUAUCAAACAAGAGGGAGUUAUAAAGCUAAAGACUCAGGUACCAACUCUUUCCCAAAGAAAACAGUUUGGAGACACCUAUGAUAAGAUCUGUUUCCACCGUGUGUUCCAACACGCUCCAGUCUCAGGUUUUGACCACAACACAUCUUUGAUUCUUUUCUUUGAAGUGAAAGCAACAUUGGAAAAGGUGAUUGCUUCUGCUGUUGCUGUUUUGUGAACUGUAACACUGAAUUCUAAUGCUUGAUUCUCAUGCCUAAGGAUCUAUGCAAGGCUGCAUGACAAAUAAAGAGCAACUGUCAUUUUUAAGUA